UGUGGUUAUGUAUGAGUAUCCGUUCACAAUUGGCUUCAAAUUUCCUUUCACUCCUCUAGUUAGGUCCUUUAUCGAGGUUUUCCAUUUGAGCCCGGGUCAGUUGAUGCCCCAGAUAUGGCGGGUUUUCACGGUGGUGCACGGAGUUACUGCGAACUGGCGUACGCCGUUUGACCUGUCUGAUUUGAUGUACACUUACGACCUAGCACUGCAGAAGUGUUGUAGGUAUACCUUGGUUACGAAGAAGGGGAAGACGAACUUAGGUGUUGGUUUAGGUGUGAACGACAGGGGUUGGCAGAGUCGUUUUGUCUUUGUAGGCAAAGAUUCUCUGGGAGAUAAAGGGCGGUUUCUGGUCGAGGGAUGGACGAUGGAAGGUAAAUGUGUCGUUUUAUCUUUGUUUCUCGUCGUUUUACUGAACGUCGCCUUACUUGGUUUUGUUUUGCAGUUGUCAAGGCGUCGUCGUUGACUGAGUUGAACGCUGAUUCUGAGGAUAAGUAUCGGAAGUUCUUGGGUUAUUCUGUCGAGGAUAGGUCUUUCAGUCGCGACGGAGAGUUUUUAGACGAGCAGGAGGUGGACCGGUCAGGCGACGUCGCCGAGGAGGAGGAAAUAGACGAGGAAUCAGGUCAACUGACUCGUCGUCGGAAAAGGUUGGAUUUGCUUGAGGAGGUAGUGGCAAACUCAUCGUCCGCCGAAGGUGAAGUAGGUGAUAUGGCUGACAACUCAGAGCAUACUCUUUCGUCUCGGCCUGUGUCGAGGAUGUCUCAGAGCGAGAUUCAGGAGCGUGCAAGGAAGCGACUGAGGUCGUCCUCGACUUCUGGUGGGCGAGGUAUGACGGUCGUACCUCGGUUUUCUGCGAUAGGUUCGUCGGCCGAGACGCCUGUCGUCAUAGGAGCCGAAGGCUUUCAUCCGAUUGCUUCGUCGUCGCCUCCACAGCCGUUCAAGGCGUCGUCUGCUGCUGUCGACGUUAGUAAAGUGUCUACUUCGUCGGCCAAGAAGCGUCAUGUCGAGACAGAUCCUGUCGAGGAUACGGUUAUCACUUUGCCCCCAAGCUUCUUGGGUGAUGAAGAGGCGUCGGUUAUAUGGCCUUUCGCUGAUCGCUUGAUCUUGCCUACGACGUAUCGACGAUAUCACGAGGUGGAUCCUCUUCCUGUCGCGUCGAACGCCGCUGAGCUUAGUCUGCGGGUGAGUUUUAUUUAGUUUUUUCUUCUUUUUUGUUUGCGAAAGAUGUAUGUUGUGUAAAUCUGUUUUGGCAUUGAUUUUGCGCAGGCGUCGCAGGCUGCCUUGGCUGUACGUAGGC